AACAUCCUCAAUCACCAAGUUUUUCCUUCUAUUAUUUCUUUCAUUUUCUAGCCAAACAAACAAUCACUUUUUCGUUCCAAUGGCUCGCACAAAGCAAACCGCCCGAAAAUCUACAGGAGGCAAGGCCCCAAGGAAGCAGUUGGCCACCAAGGCAGCGAGGAAAUCAGCUCCGGCAACCGGUGGUGUGAAGAAGCCGCACAGGUUCAGGCCUGGAACUGUUGCCCUGAGAGAAAUCAGGAAGUAUCCAAAGCGCCCAGAGCUCUUGAUCAGGAAGCUUCCAUUCCAGAGAUUGGUGAGGGAAAUCGCUCAAGAUUUCAAGACUGAUCUGAGAUUCCAAAGCAGUGCUGUUGCAGCCUUACAGGAAGCAGCUGAAGCAUAUUUGGUUGGGUUGUUUGAGGAUACUAAUCUGUGUGCUAUUCAUGCUAAGAGGGUUACUAUUAUGCCCAAGGAUAUUCAGUUGGCAAGAAGGAUUAGGGGUUUGAGGGCAUAGUUUGGGUUUGUUGUGUUCUAUUAUGUAUUUAUUUUUAGUUUUUUUUUUUAAAUUAGAGAUCUAGAUUUUAACUGAUUAGGGUUUGACUUAUGAGUGUUAGAGGUGAAAAUCCAGUGGAAAGUCUCGUCUUUUUGUUAAAUCAGGUAUUGUGGUAAACCUGUUUGUGAAAAGUUCUGUUUGGGUUUGAUUCUUACUAGCAUUAAUCAUUUCUUCUAAUUAAUCCAAUCAUGGGAUGCUUCCUAUAGCUUGAAUAGGAAAUGGAAAUCUUAGUUUCAAAACUCUCCAAUGGGCCUAAAGAUCACUACUUUAUGAAUCCCAUCUCUUUAUUUUAUUGCUUAAAUUUUGGCUUUUGCAGCUUUCUUAACUGUAUUUUUAUGCUUUCGUAGUUUCAACUCCCCCAAUUCAUCAUAGUCCGUAUUACUAUAUGUGUUCUCUUGAAGGCUUUUGCUUUUGUGGUUCUGGAAAUUAUAACAUGUUUUCUCCUGAUUAAACAAUAAAAAGUGUCAAGGCAUUGGCAGUGAUGGUACAGACAAGGAAGAUGGCACAAUUUGUUAUGUCUCAGACUCUCUCCUUGUCUGCGUUUUCUAAUUUUUCAAUUAUAGAUGUUUGUAGUGCCCAGGGGAAAUAGAAAAAAGUGCUUAUAUAUUAUAGUGUGUUCCAAGCAAAAGUGGGCUACUGUCUGAAAUUUCAGUUCCUUGCUAAUAAAUUUAUUAAAAUUGACCCAAAA